AUGCAAAAUACUGUCCUACUUUAUUAUACCGAUCAACAAUCAUUAAAAAAAUCUUAUAUUUUUUAUUUACAUAAUGCCUUUGAUUCUUAUCAUUUAAAUAAUCGAUUAAAAGCAUCUAUAGCUGAAUUACGUGUAUUUAAAAAUCAAAUGUUGAUUUAUAAACAAAUCUAUGCCAAUAUUAAAUAUUCAUUAAAAGAUUAUUUUCUUGCCUGA